AUGGCAGGCCCGACCUCGCCGGGCACAGAGGGCCCCACGUUUGCCCCGCCUCAGCUCCCUGCUGGCUGGAUUGCCCAGUGGGAUGGCUCGAGUAAGAAGUACUACUUUGUGCAGCUUUCCACCGGCGUUUCUCAGUGGGAGGUGCCGACCGACGCUGCCCCGACCGGCGCGACUCCUUCUCAGCCUUCCGAUCAUCCUUACGGUGUUCCUCACCCCGAGCUGAUUACCCAUCCCGACGGCAGCCAGACUGUGCGACACGCCGACGGCACUCUCGAGCCUGUGAACCCGCCCAUGCCGCCCGACAACACAAACACGAGAGGGAUAGAUGGUCCAACUGGAGACCGUGGCCUAGGAAGCAUGGCCAUGAACGCGCUCCUCGGUGGCGGCAAGAACUCGGGUCAUGGCUCGUCCUCAGGCAGUCAUGGUAAUUCGUCAAGUCCCCUCGGCGGCCUUGCGAGCCAGUUGAUUAGUGGUAUUGGUGGACACGGUAGCAACCACGGCGGCAGCGGCAGCAGUGGUGGCAAGAGUUCCCUGGGCAAGAUUGGAGGUGCGCUGGCCUCAAGCCUUCUCUCUAGCGGAAGCAAGCCGCAGCAGGGACAACAGGGGCACCAGGGCCAGCAGCAAAACUACCAAGGCGGCCAGUCCUCCAGCCAUCAACAGCAUGGUGGCCUUGCUGGGUCUCUCAUGGGUGGUGUUGCCAAUAUGUUUGGUAGCGGCAAGCAAAGUCAUACUGGUACCAACUUUGGAUAUUCCAACAACGCUUCCGGUGGUGGCGGUUACUCCGGACAGGCUCCGCCCACUUCGUACCAGCCGCCUGGUUCCUCAUCGCACAACCAGCACUCGUCUUCUUCAGCAGGAGCGUCGUCUUACCACUCGCCUGCGCCUAACCAUGGGCAAAAUCACUCGCAAUCCUUCCCGCCGCCGCCGAAUCAGUAUCCUCCGCCGCCGAGUCAGGGCCAGCCGAACCAUAACCCUUCAUACGGGGCGCCGUCCCAACAGUCUUCUAACCAGUCAUACCCACCUCCACCUACCGGUGGCCCUCCUUCGUCAUAUGGCCAACAGCCCAUUUAUGGUGCUCCUCCAAACCAACAACACCAGCAGAACCAGCAACCGCAGUACGGAGGAUACAACCCGGCAACCUAUGGUAGUGGUGCUCCUCAGGGCUCCCAACCAGGAGGCUAUCCCAACCAGCCAUCGUACUCCAGCAACCCUUCGCAGCAAGGGCCGGGCUAUGGCAACCACUACUGA